AUCUCCGUGAUCUGAACUAUAUUUUACUUAGUAGUUUUAACAAGUAACUAAUGUGUGGUUUGAAAAAAUGUCUAACUCCACUAUAACUCCAUUAUAGUAUUGGUUUAUACUACAGAGUCUGAAGUUUUAAACAGUAUCUAAUCUGUGGCUUUAAGUUAAAAACAAAAAAAAAUAUGAAGUAUAAGUAAGGAAAACUAAAAAUAAGCUAUAUUCCGAAUUUGUAGAUAUUUGUGUAUAUUAAUAAAAAUAAUAAGAGAUUUUAUCCAAUAUGUCGGAUACGGAUAAUGUGGAAAAUGAUACAUCUGAUUUUGGUGCAGAAUUCAAAAGGCCUACGCUCUUUAUAAAACCAUCAAAAAAGGUUACAGUUGGUGUUGAAGAUUCUGUUACUAUUGGAGAGAAAGACCGAAAUGAGAGCCAGGAAACUGCUCCGCCAUCGGUCCCAUCCUCUGAGAUACCGUAUAAGGUGCCGGCAUGGUCAGGCUUAUGCCCUGAAGGUACAAAUUAUGCACUGGAAGUGCUCAAGUCUGGUAUGAUAUUGGAGAAAAUUGAGUUAACCCCUAAACCUUAUCAUGUGUUUGGAAGACUACCUAAUUGUGAAGUUAUAAUGGCACAUCCAACUAUAUCACGUUACCAUGCAGUUAUCCAAUACAAAUCUUCAGAGAAUUCGGAACAACCAUCAGGCUGGUAUUUGUAUGAUUUGGGCAGUACACAUGGCACCUUUUUAAACCGACAAAGAAUUAAAGACAGGCAUUAUGUAAGAGUCAGGGUUGGACAUCAAAUAAGAUUUGGGGCUAGUUCUCGGAUUUACAUCCUGUUGGGCCCAGAUUUCGAUGCUGAAGGUGAAUCCAGCUUAUCAGUUACUGAAAUAAAGAAACGAGCUGAAGAAAUGGUUUUAGAACGAGAAAGAAUGCUAAGUGAGGCAGCAGCACAAGGGGACAAUGAAUUGGGUGUAGAAGAAAGAAGAGAGAGAGAGAAAAAAUUACGUAUAGUUGAUAUAAAGGAAAGAGAGAAGGCAAGGCUAAAAGAGCAAGCACUAAGAAAGGAGAAAGAAAAGUUAAAAGAAAAUGAGGGAAUAGACUGGGGAAUGGGUGAAGAUGACCAAGAAGAAGAGCCGGAUCUAGCGGACAAUCCAUAUGCAUCAACUGCCAAUGAAGAGCUAUAUCUUCAAGACCCAAAGAAAACUCUACGGGGUUUCUUUUCAAGGGAGGGCAUUGAACUGGAGUAUGAUUGUGUGGAGAAAGGUGUUGGGCAGUUUGCUUGUAGUGUUGAGUUACCAAUAGAUGAUGCACAAGGACGUCCAGUUAUAGCCGAAGUUAUACAUCGUGGUAAAAAGAAGGAUGCAGUAGUGGCCUGUGCUUUAGAGGCCUGCCGUAUCCUAGACAGGGUUGGCCUUCUGAGACAAGCUAAACAUGAAUCACGUCGACGCAAAGAACGCGACUGGGGCGCGGAUGACUACUACGAUUCUGAUGAAGAUACGUUCUUCGACCGCACUGGUAACGUGGAGAAGAAGAGAAAAACUCGUAUGGUGAAGCUAGGUGUUACAUCAGAAUCCAGCAAACCACUCAGUUACUAUGAACUGGUAAAAAAAAUAGAAGAACUUGAGUUAAAUAUAACAAAAGAGGAGGCUUCAAUCGAAAAUAUGCGAGAGGAGAUGAAACAGAAUGCACAAUAUACAGACAGUUUAGAUGAUUACAUGAAGACAAUUGAUGCAAUACCCAAUUACCAUCAGACAACUGAACACAAAGAGAUGAUUUCUAAAUCUAAGUUAAAAAUUAAAGAAAUGCAAGUCGAAUUAAUAGAAAUGCGCAGACUUGCGGAGAUUGCAAAACCAACAAAUUUACCAGAGCUUACAAAAAACAAUGCUCCUAGUAUUCCCAUGAAAAAAACGAAUUCUGUCAUCUAUGGAAAAAGGAUACGGUUAAAGGGUGAUUUAAUGAAGAAACUACCAGUAAAUCAAGUAACAAAAACAGAAUUGCAAGAAUUUGUUGAAGAAAUUGACUCUGAUGAGGACCCUGAGCCUUCUAGCAGUAUAAAAGAAUCUUCUAAUAAAGAAACAUUGCUUACUACUAACACCCGGGUUACUAAUGAAGACACUCAUCUUAUAAGGACAAACAAUUCUAGCAGAAAACCACCUAAUGAUAUGGAAUCUCCUGUUAAUAAAAGCACUUCUAAUACUAGUGAGGAACCAUCUACUAAAGAAGCUUCGCAUUUUAGUGGUAUGGACAUAUUGGAUGAAGAAAAGUUAUCAAGUACAAAACAAAACAAAACUUCAAAUGAAAGUAAAGCAAUCACGGAAAAGAAAAUGUAUGGUCCAAUGAGACCACCAGCAAACUAUGUUAUACCUGAAAGUUAUUUUGAUCAAGAAACUGAUAGAGACUUACCUGAAAUUACAGAUGAAACAAAUAGUUAAUAAAUAUUUUUAAGUACU